CUCUCGUUAAUGUUUACUGUAAUUAGAUAUCCACUCGCUAGGUUUACUUAUGUUUGUAUGGGUUUUGAGGAUAAAGAAAAUAAUAGCGAAUAAUGAAGUCCCACCACGCUAGGCACCCAUUUCAGCAAACAGAGAAGCAUCGUCACCAUAGCUGGUGAAAAUUCAUUUGUUUGGAUCUGUUAAUUUCGUAUUUGGGGAUAUUCAAGGAUAAUUUAGUCACUACCAAAAAAAUUUUGGAUAAGGGAUUCUUCGUAUUAUUUCACAAUGUUUUUUUCUCUAAUUUUUUUUGGAGUAUCCCCAAUUUGUGAGAGUAUCACCAAUUGUGCCCUCAAAUUAAAUUAGGGAUCUGCAAUUUCCGCCUCGAAACACUUUCACCCAGUUUUUGAAUCUUUUCCCACGAAAUUUAUACACACCAAUUGAGAGAAUGAAGGGUAGUGGAGAAGUAGGAAGAAGAAGAAAAAGAAGCGGGGGACUUGAGAGAAAAGGAGAUCUCGAUGUAGCAGAUGGUGAGUCAAACUCCAUUACGAAGGUUCUCCCAAAUGAAGUAAUUGUUGACAUAUUUUCUCGAUUACCUAUUCGUUCAGCAUCGAAUUGCAAGUUGGUUUGCAGAAAUUGGUGCGAAGUUAUUCGAAGCCCUUUAUUCAGAGAGACUCACCUUCAUCGAGCUUUACUAAGGAAACUAGAUAAUACGGUGAGUUUCUUGUUCUUAACUUUAGAUAAUGAUAGUCGACUUUAUCAUGGAUCGCAUUACGAAGAUAGAGAACCCUAUAUGGAAUUUAGAAGGAUUAAUCAUCCACACAUUAAGAAGAAAUAUGGUAAAACUGCAAUGGUAGGGUCUUGCAAUGGUUUAGUUUGUUUCUCCAAGUACUAUCCACCUAAUAUUAGUGAUCCCAUAUACAUAUGUAAUCCCAUCCUUGGAGAACAGAUUACUCUUAGAAAAUUCUUAGUAAUGGUGACAAACAAGAACAAUGUCGUGGUUAAGAAAACGUCUUAUUUGGAUGGUGAAAUUGUGAGUGGGUUUGGGUACAAUUCUAUCGCUGAUGAGUAUAAAAUUGUUAGGAUUUACCAUGCUGCUGGUGGACUGAAUGGUCAAGUUCAGGUAUACACUCUUGGUAGUGGAAGUGGGUGGAGAGACAUAGGAGAGAUUCCAUACUUGUUGAAGCGUCAUGAAAUAAUAACCUUAAAUCAUAUCCUCACCGACUCGCAUACUGACUAUUGGGAGAUAUAUAACCCAUCUCGUGGUAUCCUCGCAAACGGUGCUCUUCAUUGGUUUGAUCAAGAAUGGGAAAUUGUAGCCUUUGAUUUGGCAGAAGAGCAGUUCAGUUUGCUCCCGUCACCAAAUUGUGAUGGCGUGAGAAACUUUCUUCCAUUGCAAGUGUUGGAAGGGCGGUUGUGUGUUGCCAGCAGAAGCCAGGAUGGUAAUCGUCUUGAAAUAUUGUCAUUUAACAAGGCAAGUAGUGAGUGGGAAAAUAUGUUCAGCAUAUCAUGUCGGUCAGAUGACUUUAAGGAUGUUUACUGGCCAAUUUCUCUGACAUUGAGCGGAAAACUUAUAUUGCGGUCAAAUUACGAGACUCUCAUUUGUUAUGAUCCCCAAACUGGAGAGUUUAAAGAACAAAUGGUUCGUAACACAGAUACUCAUGUUGGGCUGAAGCAAUACCUCACAUGAAUAGCUUUGUUUCUUUGAAAGCUCUAGGAGAGAAAUCUAAGACGAUAACAAGAGACACGGCGAGUAACAGAAGCAAAAGGAGCAGAUUACGACUAUAGAUUGUGCGCAUAAAGCCAACCUCUGGAUAAGGAUCAGUCAGUAUAAAGCCUAUCUUUCAAUUAUUACCAUGGACUCACAUUGGUACACGGGUUUACUGGUAUGAUUGCCUCAUCUCCUGCAAUUCUAACUAAUCAAAUAGAGGAACUAACAGUUUAAGGAAUUUGCGGAACUAAAUCACUAUUCAGUUGCUUGCUUACUUUCAAUUUUGACUGUUCAUAUUUUUGCAAAUAUUCUCUGAAUAUCAAAUACACAAUGUAUUCUCUGAAUAUGAAAUACACAAUGCUCUUUUUACUUGGAAUUAAUUAAAAGAAAGAGAAACAUUUACACUGGAAAGACUUACUAUGUGAUCUUAUUCGUUUC